AUGUCAUCACCAGGUCGCUACAUCGAAUGGAAAGCUGGUGCCUUGGAUGUUGAUUUUUUCAUCGACUCCGAAGAACAUGUCUACAUCCACAGCAUUCGUCCAUCAGGAAGCCCAGCUGUGAGAUACUCUGUGAACUCAGAAUUGGAUCACAUUCUACCAUUGACACAGCUGCGACUAGCAGGAGAAGGUUCUAUUUUUGGUACAUCUGAGCGCUUGGUUUUCAGUGCCACCUCAAGUCGUCUACAAUACGUUGAGCACAAGGAAUGGACCGAGAGUGACGGUACUCGUCGAAUCGAUGUGAUCACCAGAGAUCCCAAAACCGAACUUUUUGUCGACAGCCGUUAUUCAGUCUUCGAAGGGGUCCCAGUCCUACGUAGCACCACUCGGGUGAGGAAUCAAGGACCAAAAAAGCUCCACCUCGAAAGCCUGGCGUCACUAUCACUUGGCUAUCUGAACCGGGGUUCUAAAGAAUGGUGGAACGAAUUUGAUGUUGUUGUCGCGAAUAGCAACAACUUCCGCGAAGCGCAAUGGCAGAGCUUUGACUUUGAUACUCUCGGCAUGGGCGAUGUUGGAGACAGUGAUUUUGACCGUCCAGGAACUCGAGCUGCUGUCAUCAAAUCAAACUUGGGCACUUUCUCCACGAAUGGAUCCUUACCUAUGGGUGCCUUGACUCGGAAGGACAAAAAGCAAACAUUCAUGUGGCAAAUCGAAAAUAGUGGUGCUUGGAAUUGGGAGCUGGGUAAUAUCGUUCAUGGGUUGUACUUGAUCGCCGGUGGCCCUACAGACCAACACCAUCAGUGGACAAAGACUUUAAAUCCCGGUGAAGAUUUCACAGGUGUGACAACCGCCCUUUCAGUCAUUGAUGGAGACCUGGAAUCUUCCUUUGUUCUCUUCACUCAGUACCGUCGUCGCAUUCGUCGACACCACGAAGACAACGUCAACCUGCCUAUCAUCUUCAACGAUUACAUGAAUUGCUUGAAGGGCAAUCCAAAUACAGAGAAGGUGACUGCAUUGAUUGAACCAGCUAGAAAAGCUGGCUCCGAAUACUUUGUUAUAGAUGCAGGGUGGUAUUCCGAUAUUGAAGGAUGGUGGAGCUCUGUUGGUGUUUGGGAACCUUCCUCAAAGCGAUUUCCAGGUGGAUUCAAAGUACUCCUUGACAAAAUCCGUGCCGUUGGAAUGAUUCCUGGUGUUUGGAUCGAGCCGGAGGUUAUUGGCGUUCAUUGUCCCGAGGCCAGCCAUCUGCCAGACGAUGCAUAUUUCCAACGUCGAGGAGUUCGCAUCAUUGAACAAAAUCGGUUUCACCUCGACUUUCGCCAUGAAGAUGUUAUAUCUCGCUUGGAUGCAGUGAUUGACAACCUUGUUCAGAACUACGGGAUUGGAUACUUCAAGAUAGACUACAAUAUUGACGUCACCCAUGGCACUGACGCUAAUGCCUCAAGUCCUGGUGAUGGUAUGCUCGGCCAUCGACGUGCAUACAUGGAGUGGAUCAACAAGAUCUACGACCGAUUCCCUCAUGUAGUCCUUGAGACAUGCUCCAGUGGUGCCCAGCGACUUGACUACCACAUGCUAGCAUCGCAUUCCAUUCAGUCUACCAGUGAUCAACAGGAGCCACAUUUGUACUCGUGUAUUGCCGCAACGGUCCUCACAGCUGUUACGCCGGAGCAGAGUGCAUCGUGGGCUUAUCCGCAGACAGAUUACAGUGACGAUUUAAACGCACUGUGUCUUGUAAACAGCCUUAUGGGACGAGUUCAUCUAAGUGGUAGAAUUGAUCUGUUGAAUGAGAAACAACUAAGCCUAGUUGUGGAGGCGAUGCAGGUCUAUAAAGAUAUACGUGGCCAUAUCAAAGACUGUCUUCCAUACUGGCCUCUGGGAUUGCCCGGAUGGAAAGAUAACUGGCUGGUUGUCGAACUUCGACAUGGAAGGCAUCGGUAUAUCGCUGUUUGGCGAAGAGGUGGGAAGGGUCAUCUUGAUAUACCUGUUGGGACUCAGGGUUUGUCUCAUUACGAAGUUCUGUUCCCCGCAACUUCUCAACUUCUCUUUCGUGGAACUCGGAAAGUAGCAGUUUGUCGGUUGGGAUUCCCCACGCGCCCUCUGCUCGUCUGA